AUGACAAUGAUAAAUAGCGAUCCGAGUCGGAUGAAUCUCAGCUUUUCCGGUUGCGGUUUUUUGUGCUUGUAUCACGCUGGAGUGGCUGCUGCAAUAAAGGAAUAUGCUCCCGAGUUGAUGCAAAAAGGAACAAUCUCCGGAGCAAGCGCUGGAGCGAUCGUUGCCGCUGGCCUAGUCACUGACGUUUGUAUUAGUCAAGCCACAUCAACGAUGCUGAGGAUAGUCAGAGAAGCCAGAUCAAGCUCCCUUGGUGUCAUCUCUCCAAACUUCGAUCUAAUGGGACUCGUCAAAGAGGAAAUCAGAAGAUAUUUACCGCCAGAUGCAUAUAUCAGAUGUUCUGCUCGUCUUAAAAUCUCUGUAACUCGAUGGAGUGAUAAAAAGAAUGUUAUUCUCGAGGAUUUCGCUAACAAUGAUGAGCUUGUUGAUGGUAUUACUUGUUCCUGUUUUAUUCCUGGAGUUUGUGGAGUGAUUUUGCCAACAUUUCGUGGAGUAAGAUAUGUGGAUGGAGGAUUUUCCGAUAAUUUGCCUCUAUUUGAUGAUCAUACAGUCACCGUUUCUCCAUUUAGCGGUGAAAGCGAUAUUUGUCCACUCGAUUAUGAAUCAGCUGGCUUCUUUGGCAUGACUUACAACAACACCUCAAUGCGUUUCACAACAAUGAACUUUUUCCGUUUAAUCGCUAUUCUAAUGCCUCCCUCAUUAGAAGAUUGCACAAAAAUGUGUCUACAAGGAUUCUCCGAUACUGUUCGCUUCUUAACAAGAAAUAAUAUGACCACUUGCAUCAAGUGUCUCACCAUUCAAACAAACAUGGGAGACGCUGUGCCGAAUCCACCGCCGUCACAAGCAUCAAUGAUUUCUUCCUCAUCGGACACAAGUCGACCGUUUUCACCACCAACUCGCUCAAGAACAAGAUCCGCAAACUACAAUGGUCAAGGAACAAGGAAACGUUUUGAUUCGGAGUGUGAUACUUGUGGUGAUAGCGAUCAUAUGCACAACGCGGAUCUUGUUUUCCCGUCGAUUAUCCAAAGAACUUUCGAUGAGGCGUCAAAAGCUGAGGCGACUUUUUUGAAAUGGGUUUUCUCGUUUCGAUUGAUGAAAAUGACAAGGAUGGUGUUCGGGAUUUGGAAAUAUCCAUUAGAUGUCAUGUUGAUCAUGGCAAAAAGAAUUGCCUCCUACAUUCAUACGGUCGCUUGUCCGGAUUGGUUGUUCAAGAAAUUCUCCGAUUUGGUCGAUUUCAUGUAUGAAGAGAUUGAUCGACAAAGAAGUCAAUUAUCGGCUAGAUACUCUUGCCAAUUGGCUAUCACUGAGUGUGACUUUGAGUCUUCUGGUCAAAGCAAUUUGAAGGAACAUUUUGGUGAGAUCGAGUUGAGCGAAGAGGCGCGACAAGAAUUGGCCCAACUCCGGGAAAGAGACAGACGAAUGAAGCAGAGAAAAGGCACCAAGAUCACUCGACCGUCGAGGUUGAGCUGCGAAUUGUCACCAGUAGAUCCGAAUCUCAGAAAAGCUUCGCUCAUCUCGCACUCACCGGCAAUGGGUACAAGUCAACAAGCCGAAGAGGGCUCGCUAUCACAAGUGAUUGAGUACACAGCAACCCACGAAGCCACAUAUGCCUUCCAUUACUUAGACGAGAAUAAUAAGGUUCGAAAUGUGGAGGUUUUCAAUGUGGCUGAGGAGCGGCCUUGUUCGAUUAUGAGUCGAGGAAUUACUAAGUCGGUACCCGAAGAGAAUGAGGAAGAACUACAAGCGGAGUUGAUGGAAGCUUCCACUUCAAACACUUCAAAUCCUGUACCGAUAAAUUCUCCAGAGAAGAAAGGUGAUGAGAAUGAUUCCGGAUUGUCGGUUGAAGAGGGAAAUUCCAGUGGCCUCAAACGUGAUGCUUGUUGUUCUCCGGUUCGCCAUCUUUCCCAUUCGAGUACAAGGGGAUCAAGGACUUCUAUUUCAAAAAGAAGUCACUCAAUCGGCCAAACACAGAGAAAAAAUCAAGUGGUUGGGAUUCGAGAUCUUGGCGCAUCAUCGGACUCGGAUGGAGAAACCGGUGAGCAAUUCUUUGUCCCACGUGGUCGUCGAAGAAUGACUUCAGCCGAGUACGAGGGUGAACCUGAACAUAGCGAUGAAGAAAAACAA